GAAAAUCUUUGACAUUUUUCACAUUUUUUUUUGUAAAGAAGCCCGAUCGUACGCCCUCUUCUCAGAAAAAGCCUGAUUGUUUCAGGCUGUGAGGAGGGGGGAAACUCGGGACUUUAUUCGGGAAGAACUAAAAAUAUACCAGAACGAAUUACAGCUUUUGUGUGUGUGUUGUUGUUGUUGUUAUUUUUUUCCUUCUUUUGGACAAGAUGACGGUUGAAAUCGCUGCUGUUUUCCUCUCCGUAGUUGGCUCAGCUCAGCCGGGACUUGUUGGCAGAUUUCACCGGAGCGUUUUCGGACCACCCCGGAGGAGAAAGCGACCACGGCGGGGAGACUUGUUGCUUCAGCUCGGUGGACGGCGCUGCUUUAAGCCGCCGUCGAAGUUUUUUUGUCUCUCCCUAGUCCGGUCCAGGCUUCGGCUUGGAGAAACCAACCGCCAAGAUCGAUCCCAGCAGCUGGAGCGGCAGCGAGAGCCCUGCCGAGGACAUGGAGAGGAUGAGCGACUCGGCAGACAAGCCUGUGGACAAUGAUGCCGAAGGGGUCUGGAGUCCUGACAUAGAACAGAGCUUCCAAGAAGCCCUGGCCAUCUAUCCUCCGUGUGGCCGACGGAAGAUCAUCCUGUCAGAUGAGGGAAAGAUGUAUGGUCGGAAUGAACUGAUAGCCAGAUACAUCAAGCUUCGGACUGGAAAGACAAGGACUCGCAAGCAGGUGUCUAGUCACAUACAGGUCUUAGCAAGAAAGAAAGUUCGAGAAAUCCAAGCUGCCAUUAAGGUACGUCUGGCUUUGCCCUGUUGCAGGGGGCUUUUCAUUGCCAUGGUUACAGGCUCUUCCUUUGUUUUCCUCCCCUCUCCUACCCCGCAGGUGUCUAGUCACAUUCAGGUUCUUGCCAGAAGAAAAUCUCGUGAGUUUCAUUCCAAGCUAAAGGUGACAAGUAUGGACCAAGCCGUGAAGGACAAAGCCCUCCAGAGUAUGGCCUCCAUGUCAUCGGCUCAGAUUGUCUCUGCCACAGCUAUUCACAACAAACUGGGUCUGCCAGGCAUCCCCCGUCCUGCCUUCCCUGGAGCAGGGUUAUGGCAGGGGAUGAUAUCGACUGGUCAGCCAGGAUCCUCACAAGAUAUUAAGCCUUUCACCCAGCAACCUUAUCCCAUCCAGCCAACGGUCACAACAGCCAUUUCAAGUUAUGAACCCCCAGCAGCUCCASCACCCACGGCUCCAGCGUGGCAGGGCCGCUCCAUCGGUACAUCUAAACUCCGACUGGUGGAGUUCUCUGCUUUCCUAGAGCAGCAGAGAGACCCAGACUCAUACAACAAGCACCUGUUUGUGCACAUCGGCCAGACAAAUCAUUCCUACAGCGACGCCCUCCUGGAAUCGGUGGACAUCCGACAGAUUUAUGAUAAAUUUCCAGAAAAGAAAGGAGGACUGAAGGAGCUUUAUGGAAAAGGCCCACAGAAUUCCUUCUUCCUCAUAAAAUUCUGGGCUGACUUGAACUGCAACGUUCAAGAGGAGACUGGAUCUUUCUACGGAGUGACCAGUCAGUAUGAGAGUUCAGAGAACAUGACCAUAACAUGUUCGACAAAGGUUUGCUCCUUUGGCAAGCAGGUUGUUGAGAAAGUCGAGACUGAAUAUGCACGGUUCGAGAAUGGACGCUUUGUCUACCGGAUAAGCCGGUCCCCCAUGUGUGAAUACAUGAUCAACUUCAUCCACAAACUAAAACAUCUGCCAGAGAAAUACAUGAUGAACAGCGUUCUGGAGAACUUCACCAUCUUAUUGGUGGUGUCAAACAGGGACACCCAGGAGACGUUGCUAUGUAUGGCGUGCGUGUUUGAGGUUUCAAACAGCGAGCACGGCGCCCAGCAUCAUAUCUACAGACUGGUAAAGGAAUGAAAGCCUCAGCCACUCUUAAGACGCUCAGAUCUUUUUUUCAAGGACUUACCAACCUCAAAACAAGUGGCAGUGCCUCUACGUGAAAGUCAAACCUGCAAUGGUUGAAGUGUCAGGUGAAGUCCGUUUGUCACGAGUCUGAUUCAAGUGUUUAUUUGACUGUAGCUGUGAAAUACGGUACAGCUGUUUUUAUGUUUUAUGGGAAUUUUCUUAUUUUUUAAUAUGUUCAAUUGACUCUGAUGGUUAUAAGAGUGGCCCUGUCAAAAGACAGAUUGAUAUGGUAAACGGAAAUAUGUGUUGUCUUCUGCUUUGUUAUGUAAACUAAGAAAAAAAAAGGAUUUAGCAGCUGGUGGUGGUCUGUACAGUAAGUCUUGGGAACGUUUUGUAUGUGUGUGCGUAUUUGUGAAAAUAAAUAAUGUAGAUAAACAGACAUGCACCCGCAGCAAAUAGAUUUCCCAAAGAAACACAACACUACAUACAUGCAGUAGCUGAAAGCAAGUGGUUGUUGCAAGAUUAUUGUUUUUAAAGCAAACAAAACUGGCUUUCAGUCACGUUUAUCUGUGUCGAAGCACUCCAGUCCUCAGACACCAACGAGAGAGUAAAUGCACUGUGAAAACAAAACAUUUUACCUGCGUCUGCUCCAUAAAUAUAGAAACAUCCACUGCUA